UCCUUCUUCAAAAUACGAUUACGUGCGCUUUACUCCAAAAAAAACUGAUUGUUUUUGUAUAUAGCAUCAGUAGUUAGGUAUGUUCGUGCCAAAUCAAACCUUCGGCAGCGUGCCAUGCUGCAAAUGUGGUAUUCCAAUGGCACCAAACGCUGCCAAUACAUGCCUGAAGUGUCUGUGUUCUGAGAUUGACAUCACACAAGGCCUUCAGAGGCAUGCUACCAUAGUCCAUUGUCCAGAGUGUGACACUUACUUGCAGCCACCAAGAACAUGGAUCAAAGCCCAAUCUGAAUCGAGUGAGCUUUUGAGGUUUUGUGUUGGUAGGCUGAAAAACUUAGACAAAGUCAAAUUGGUUAAACACGAGUUCAUCUGGACCGAGCCACAUUCCAAAAGGAUCAAGGUCAAGCUGGAGCUGCAGAAAGAGGUUCUCAAUGGAGCUGUGAUUCAGCAGUCUUAUGUUGUUGAGUUUGUUCAGCAAGAAGUCAUGUGCGAAUCUUGUAUGAGGGUUCAGGCCAAUCCUGACCAGUGGGUAGCGGCUGUUCAACUCCGCCAACACGUUACUCAUAGGCGCACCUUCUUUUAUUUGGAGCAGAUGAUUUUGAAGCAUGGUGCUGCUGUUGCAGCCAUAAAGAUCAAGCAAGUGGACAAAGGGAUUGACUUCUUCUUCUCUAACAGAAGCCAAGGUGUGAGAUUUGUAGAGUUCAUUGCCAAAGUUGCUCCGGUGAUCAGGAGCCGCCAUGACAAGCAACUUAUCUCCCAUGAUACCAAGAGUAACAACUACAAUUACAAGUACUCUUUCUCUGUCGAAAUAUCUCCUAUAUGCCGUGAAGAUUUGAUAUGUUUGCCACCCAAAGUAGCAGUGAGUCUUGGAAAUCAUGGCCCUAUAGUGAUUUGCACAAAAGUGACUAAUACCAUUUCCUUGCUUGACCCUUUUACUCUGAGGCAAUGUUUUGUUGAUGGGGAUCAAUAUUGGAGUUCCUCUUUCAAAUCUUUGCUUACUAGUAGGCAGCUUGUGGAGUACAUUGUUCUAGAUUUGGAGAUUGUUAGGCCUGAAGUUAAGCUCAAUGGAUACACACUAGCUGAUGCCCAAGUUGCCCGGUUGACAGAUUUUGGCAAGAAUGAUACUAUUUUCAACAUAAGAACUCAUCUUGGUCAUCUUCUAAAGCCAGGAGAUCAGGCUCUUGGUUAUGAUUUGUAUGCAGCUAACUGCAAUGACAUGGAGUUGGAUAAGUACAAGGAUCUGGUUCUUCCUGAUGUGAUAUUAGUGAAGAAGAGUUAUGAAGAGAAACGCCUUAGGAGGCGCGGAAAGCAACGUUCAUGGAAGCUUAAGUCACUGAACAUGGAGGUUGAGAGUCAUAAUAGAGGUAAUAAAGGGGAACAAGAGAAGAUGAACUCAGAGUAUGAACAGUUCUUGGAAGAUUUGGAGGAGAAUCCUGAUAUGAGGUUUAAUAUUUCUUUGUACCAUAAUGACAAAGAAUGCCAACCAUCAGAGGUUGAUGGAGAAGAUUUGCCAUCGAUUCCAUUGGAUGAAAUGCUUGCUGAACUUGAUCUCAGUGAAGAUGAAGAUGGAGACAGUAACAUGAUGGGGUGAUUUUUGCAUAUAUAUAUAUAUAGGCAAAUAAACACUGAAUAUAGUUUUUUUUUUCUUUUUUAAACUUAUUGGUUUUGGUUGUUUUCCAAUUUUUUUUUAAUUUUAAAAUAAUACACUUUAAUGAAUAGAAGAAAGAUGUUAAAAUUAGU